AUGAGGCGGUCAUUGUUUGUUAGUAUCUUACAUGAUAUUCAACAAGUGAAUGAGUACUUCAUUCAAACUCAUGAUGCCACUGGUGCUCCUGGAUUAUCCGGUAUACAUAAGAUAACUAUAGCACUUCGGAUCCUGCAGUACGGCAUGCCUGCUGAUGCUGUAGACGAGUACAUUAGAAUUGGUGAAAGUACUGCAAUUGUCGCCUUAAAUUUUUUUACCAGAUCAAUUGUUACUACCUAUGAAUCCUGUUGGGAUAAAUGUCCAAGUGCCCAAACCGGAGCUUACACUGGAUACUAUCACAAACCAACAGUUGUACUCGAGGCAAUUGCCUCCUAUGACUUGUGGAUUUGGCAUGUUUUCUUUGGCAUGCCUGGCUUUUUAAAUGAUAUUACUGUUCUUGACAAGUCGCCUUUAUUUGCUGAAUUAACUAGAAGAUGUGCCCCUGCUGCCAACUACACCAUCAAUAACCACGCGUACACCAUGGGGUAUUAUCUUGCUGAUUGUAUCUAUCCUCGUUGGGCAACGAUUGUGAAAACAAUAUCUCAACCUCAAGGCGCAAAGAGACAACUAUUUGCGAGGAUGCAGGAGGCAUGUCGGAAAGAUGUCAAAAGGGCAUUUGGAGUGCUCCAAGCAUGA